CAUCCUGCAAGGGUGAGUCCAGGUGAGGGUCGAGUUAUCCAACGCCGCGGGCGCGGAGCCCUGGAUUCGCCGGGGCGUGGUUCUCGCCGCCAGCGCCUCAGCGCGCAGCGACCUCCUGGGUGUCAGCGCGCAAAGUUGCCGCUUAAUCCCCGCGCCCGCCGGCCUAAUGAGGACUUUCUCAAAGCACAACGCUGCGCCAGGGGCUUCCUUCCCAGGCACAGGGACUCCAGGAGGUCGACACUCCCGGCCCAACCGGACGCCCCUUCUCGCACACCACCAAGCCGGGUCCGGGGAGACUCGCACCUCGCCAGUGAACUCUUGCCCCUGAAUCCUCAGCGGGGUUCUCUAGACCCCCUGGGGGACCGGCAGGCUCCUGGCCCAGGCGGCUUGCUCCUGCGCCCUGGUUCGGGGUUUGCGGCCAGGAGUCCUGGCGCGGGGCGGGGCGCUCCAGGGAGGCCGAGGCGGCGCGCUAUUCCUGUCGUGGUGAGCUACCGGCAUGUUAUGUGCGGCGCCCAAUCACGCCUCUAACCCGUCGCUCUGACCCGCGCCCCCCCUCCUUAAUCCUCCAGGCUUUGAUUUGAUCCUCCGCGCAGAACAAACUCACCCCACCCCCCGCCCUGUAGCCAGUUGUCUCGGGGCCUCGCGGGUGCCCGCAGAACCCGUCCUCCUCGUCCACCCCGGGGGGUCAGAGCCCUUGCCCCACACUGUCGGGUCGCCCCGAGUCGGGGCCGCAUCUACGCGUCUGGGCCGUCAGAGAUCCAGCACCUCCGGAGUCCACCGGCAGCUCGGCCCUUCCAGGUGAUGCUGCACGGCCACCACCGCCCCUGUCGCGCAGGUGUACGUUCCCCAGAUCGGGCCGGAGAGGGGUCUUUGAGAAACGCACUGGCAGCCUCCGCAAGCGCCGAAACCAAGCCCCGCACCCCGCAGAAGACUCCAAACUCCGCGCCCUCCGCCACUAGGGGCUUCCGGGAACCCUUCUCAUACCAGAUUUGCUCUGAGAGGUGCAGGGGACGAUCUGCUGACCUGGAUGAAGAAGCCUUGGGCUUUAAGCUGAGCAGGCAAAAAUGGGCCCCUGCUAGGGGCUCUGAGGGUCGCGCCGGGGUCGUGGGGGUGUCGUGUCCGGGGAUGCCUCCAGCCGAGCCUGGCUGGCCCCAGUCCCGGCCCGGCCGCUUCCCGCUCGGGGCAUCAUGAGUUACUUCCUGUCUUACUGCAAAGCUCAUGGCGGCUCGCUGCUCACCGGGUACCAGGCCCUGCGCGCCGAGGGCUUCCUGUGCGACGUGACACUGGAGGCCGAAGGCAGCGAGUUCCCUGCGCACAGGUCGCUCCUGGCGUGCUCCAGCGACUACUUCAGGGCCUUGUUCAAGAGCCACACGCGGGAAUCCCGGGCUCGAGUGAUCCACCUGCACGUGCCUUCCGCGGCCGGCCUGCAGCGCCUGCUGGACUUCAUCUACACUGCCUGGCUGCCGCUCUCCAUGGACACCGUAGAGGAUACUCUGGAGGCUGCCAGCUACCUGCAGGUCACCGAGGCCCUGGGCCUGUGCGGCCGCUACCUGGAGCGACAGCUGGCCCCUGAAAACUGCUGCUUUGCCGCCAACGUGGCUGCACGCUUUGGCCUGGUGCACACGCUGGACGCAGCCGAGCGGUGCGUUGUGCGCCACCUGCGGGAGCUGCUGGCAAAGGGCGCGGGUCCCGCAGGGCUGCUGGAGCUCAAUCCUGCGUCGCUGAGGGCCAUAUUGGGUGCCUCCGAUGUGGCGCGGGUGCCAGAGGCCCGGCUGCUGGGCCUGGCGCUGGCCUGGCUGCGGCAGGAGCCCGCGGCGGAGCGCUUGGCUCACUGCACAGCGCUGCUCGAGCGUAUCCGCUUCGGCCUGGUGCCCGCCGACCUGUUGCGGCGCAUGUACUCGGGCUCUGGCCUCACGCUGCCCGCCCGCAUCAAGGGCCUCAUCAUCCAAGCCCUCAAUUACCACACGGCGCCUUCCCGCCAGCCGCUAUUGCAGGGCGAGCAGACCAGCGUCCGGAGCCCCCAGACGCGCAUCUUGUUGAUUGGGGGGCGCAGGACGCGGGAGGCCAUGACGGAAGAGGUUGCGGCUCCCCGGGAGGCAGCUAGGGGCCGGGGCGCCGUGGCAGAGCCCGAGGAGGAAGAAGAGCAGGAGCAGGAGGGAGAGGAAGAGUUGGAGGAGGAGAAGGAGUGGGAAUUCACUCAGGAAGUGGUGGCCUUCGACGUGUACAACCACCGCUGGCACAGCCUCACGCAGCUGCCCGCACCACUGCUGGGGCACAGCGUAUGCACCCUGGGCAACUUCCUAUUUGUCCUAGGCGGGGAGAUCCCUUCAGGCAGCGCCUCCUCUCCCCUGGCCGAUGGCCCGCGGAUGGUCACAGCCCAAGUGCACCGAUACGACCCGCGUUCUCACAAUUGGACCACUGUGCCCGCCAUGCGUGAAGCGCGGGCCUACUUCUGGUGCGGCGCUGUGGGUGAGAGUCUCCUGGCCGUCGGGGGCCUGGGCGCAGGCGGUGAGGCACUGGCCUCGGUGGAGAUGUAUGACUUGCGCAGGGACCGCUGGGCGCCAGCUGGUGCCCUGCCGCGGGCGCUGCAUGGCCAUGCGGGGGCCGUCGGGGAGCGCAGCGUCGUGUACAUCUCUGGGGGCAAAGCAGGGAGAGGUGAAGGAGGUGCGAGCAGCCUGCGGGACUUGUACGCCCUGGGCCCCGGGGAAAAGGCAUGGAGCAAAAGGGCACCUAUGGGCACCGCCCGCUUUGGGCACCACCUGGCGGUACUACGUGGCAAAGUGUUUGCCUUUCUGGGGCAAUUUGAGCCCUUCUCGGAGAUUGAACGCUAUGACCCCGAUUCUGACCAGUGGACUCGGUUGCGGCCACUACCCUAUGACCGGUUCUGUUAUGGGCUGGCUGUGGUGGAGGAGACAGCGCUGCUGCUGGGAGGCCUCAAGUGGCGGGAAUCCCGCCAGGUGCCUACCCGCAAUGUGGUGGGCUACGACCUUGACCUGGACCGGUGGGAGGACAUAGGCUGCGUGCUGCCCUGGGCCUGGAGUGGCCUGCAGUGCGCGGUGCUGCAGCUGGCUGACGGUGGGGACGUGGAGAAGGACGGAGAGCUUAGAGAGGCGCUGGAUUUAGUCCUGGGCUAAAUGAGUUAGUGCAGUCUGCAGGUCACAGAGGAGAAAGUUCUGCUUGACUUGGGCUUUUCCAAGAGUGGGCCUCUGGGAGCACAGUGGCUUCUCAAGGGUAAGGAGGCAAACGAGACCUUGGCCAGAGACGAAUGGUUCUCCUUGAACUGAGAAUGCGGAACGGGAUAGGUCAAAUAGAAGAAUACAUGAUUCAACUGCAGUGAGCUGGUGAUUUUUAAAAAGUCUCACGCUGGGCUAAAGGUGGACUUUCAAAAAGAUAAAAUGAUCUUAUUUUCCCUCUAAAGAGUUUCCCUCGGUACUAAACAGUAGUUACUUCUGUGCCAAAAAAAAAAAAAAAAAAAACUUGAAAAAAUGUACAAGGAGUUAAAUACAAAACCUAGAAAAUUGUUGGCUUUAAAAGCUGCAAUAAACAGUCCUAGAAGAGGGCAUUAGCUGAAUAAGUGAAGGGCGAGGCAAGUGCUUUGGUUAAAUGCUAUGGAAUCAUUGUAAGGAGAACUACCCUUGAAUAGUCCAGAAUCAGGGUUUUAGUUCUGCUCUACUGGUUCCAUAUCAAUAUGGAACUGAAAGGAGAAAUAAAACCUCAGAAUAAUUUUUUUAAUUUUUUGGUUAAACUUUUUGGUCUCCUAUCCUCACCCCUAGUUUGCUUUUGUUUAGGCUUUAGAGAGCUCAUUGGUUUUAAGUCAUUUUUUCCGCAUCUUUUAGUCAUAAAGGUUGUAUUUGUAAAAAGUCAUACUAAUUCACUUAUUUUUUGGUGGCUAUCCUCGCUUCCUCCAAACAAUCACAGAGAAAGGAGGUGAAGUUUUAAAGUACAUGUCAGACAAGUGGGAAACCGGUUUGAUUUUUCGGGGCCUCACAGAGAAGAUACUUGUAUGUGUUGAACGGGUGUUACUUCUGGCUUGUGACACCAACAGGGUGGCAAGGUUAGAACUUGUACUUGGGGUAGGGAAAGUAGGUGGCUGUGUGAUUAGAUCACAAAGAAACAUGGUAAGGACUUUGCAUGAAUAAAGUAAGUGCUUUGUAAGGAUUCAUUAAAAGCUGAAUUUAUUCGACUUCA